CUCUCUCCUAUUUCUCUCAUCCAUUUCCAGACUCUCUCUCUCUUUCUUGUAUCUGGCAGCUUCAUCUCUUUCUCUGCUUCUUCUUCUUCAUCUCUGGUAAAGUCUCUGCUUUUCUCUCUCUAUUUUGACCAAGGCCAUGUUCGGUGACAAGGACCGGUGUCAUGGUCUCCUUGCCGCCGGAGACGAGGCUUCUCAGAGCAAAGUGACCCGCUUCGUCUCUAAGCAAAACAAGGACAAGGACAACAACAACAACAACCACACCGAGAAGAAAACCGUUCUUAACUUUCUCAGAGGUUCAGACUCCGAUGGGUUCCAAUCAAAGUCUAAUUUCGGGUCUCAGGAGCUGACCCUGAGCUAUCUCUGUGAUAACUCCAAGCUGGGUUUUAUGGAGAAGGAGUUUGCCGGCAAGAAUUUGUUGACUUCUUUGGAGAAAGGUAAGGAAAUCUUAGCCCCCGAGAAUUCAAGCCAAGAUCACAAAUGGGUUGAGAGAGAUUUCCUUAAUCUAAACGAGACCAGGCUCAAUUCUUCAAAGCGUGAGCUUGGUGAAGAUGUUGGGAGAGACAGUAGAGACAAGAAGCCAAAGCUUGAGACUUUGAAUCUCUCUCUAGCUUUGCCGCAGGUAUCACUAUCUCUCACUGCUUCAAAUGCUUUGCAAAACCGUGAGCCUCCUAUGGUGAGGCCUAGUAGGAGUACUAUGGCACCUUCAACCAAUACUAAUACUACUUAUUCCAAUGACUGCACAACUGCUUCCUUAUCUUACUCGUAUUCGCAUCCCUAUUCACACAACCCAAGUUGCUCUCUGACCCGAAAUUCGACAGAGAAUUUUGAGUAUUCUACAGGGAAGGAUGAUCAUAUUUGGAACUGUGGGGAGGGCACUAAUGGUUCUGUUCAUAGCAGGUUCAAGCCGAUCGGAGAUGGAGUUGGUUUGGCAAAUCCUGGUGGGAUUUUGUCAAUGAUGCAGAGUAAUAAUCGAAAGGAUUCAGGUACUAAUAAUCUCUAUAAGACAACUAGCUCUGAUAACAACCAGUCUUUUUUUCCAUCUGAAUUGCCUGCUAAGCCUAGAAUGGAUACUCAUUCUGGAGAUUCGAGACGGAGAGGUUCCGAGAGUUUGAGAGGUUCGGAGGGUGGAGAUGGUGGUGGUGGUGGGAGAGUUAGGAAGCUAUCUGGACCGGAGAGAAUUCUUCGUGAAAUUGUAUCAGAGUCUAUACCUGUCAUGGCUCAGGUGGUUCAGGAGCUUCCUGAGGAAACACAUUCAUCGACCAACGAGUACUUGAGGAAUCUGAUUGCAAUGCCCGAGAAGAAAGACGAGUUGGUGAGCCUUCAGAAAAGGCUUGAGAGGAGAUCUGAUCUUACAAAGGAGAAUUUGUCAAAGUGUCAGAGAGAUCAAUUGGAGAUUCUGGUUGCGGUGAAAAUGGGGCUUGCGAGCUUUAUAUCUGGGAAAAACCGCCUUUCAGCUACUGAGCUGAUGGAAACUUUCUUAUAUAUGAGAUGUAGAAAUGUCAAUUGCAAGAGUUUGUUGCCUGUUGAUGAUUGUGACUGCAAGAUUUGCUCGGGAAAUAAGGGGUUUUGCAGUUCAUGUAUGUGUCCUGUGUGUUUGAAUUUUGACUGUGCUAGUAACACUUGUAGUUGGGUUGGAUGUGAUGUUUGUUCGCAUUGGUGCCAUGCUGCUUGUGGUAUUCAGCAAAAUCUCAUUAGGCCUGGUCCGAGCUUGAAGGGGCCUUCAGGGACAACGGAGAUGCAAUUCCAUUGCAUUGGAUGCAGUCAUGCUUCUGAAAUGUUUGGGUUUGUUAAGGAUGUGUUUCUUUGCUGUGCAAAGGACUGGGGACUAGAGACACUUGUGAAGGAACUUGACUGUGUAAAGAAGAUUUUUAGGAGAAGUGACGAUUUUAAAGGCCGGGAAUUGCAUAUCAAGGCUGAGGAGAUUAUCGCCAAAUUAGGAAGCCAACUGAUGUCUCCUUCAGAUGCGUGCAACUUUAUCAUCCAGUUUUUCAAUUAUACAGAUGGAGUGUCAGAAUAUCCAGCUUCUAGUAUAACCACAUCCUCAACCAAAGAGUUGGCAGCUCCUCAAACCAGCCUUAGGAAAGAAGCAACCCUUUUCUCACAACCGGCUUCUCUACCUUCAAAAUAUGCUGCUUACAACACAAGUUCCAGUGUACAAUCUGAUCUAUUGUCAAAUGAUCUCCGUCAGAUUGACCUAAAGUCUUCCCUCAUAAGCAAUGGGGAUGAGUUCCGGUUUGGAACAGUACCGAAAAUAGAAGGGUUUGACAGUUUGGAAAGUAUGGUCAAGUUAAAGCAAGCUGAAGCUAUGAUGUACCAGAGCAAGGCAGAUGAAGCACGGAAAGAGGCAGAAGGUUAUCGGCAGAUGAUUCAGGAAAAUACAGAGAAAGUGGAAGAAGAGUAUGCUGGAAAGUUUUCUGAGUUGUGUUUGCAAGAGACACAGGAAAAGCGAAGGAAGAAACUGGAGGAGCUCAAAGUUUUGGAAGGUUCACACUGUGAUUAUUACAACAUGAAGACUAGGAUGCAAGCCGAGAUUGCUGGCUUGUUGGCGAAAAUGGAAGCGACAAAGCAGCAACAACGGGUGUAGCUUCCCUUUCGUCUUUCCUUUAACAUCAAUUUCUCUAAUUAAUUGUGUAGUUCAUUGAUUUUAUUGCGAUUUUGGUUUCUGCAUGUUACUUCGAAUGAAAGUGAAUGGUUGCUAGUUCCUUUUGUAGUUUUUUGCCAAAGAUCUAUUAGUCGUAUAUUGAAAUGUACCUUUUCUGGUAUGGACUAUCGAGCUUUAUAAGGUGAUG